GCUUCAUAUCUCAGCACUUCUUUUCUUAGGUGAUGAAAGAAUAUAAUGAUGAUAAUACGUCUCUCUUAACAAGGCUGUUGUGAUGAAUAAAUUAAUUAAUCGUCAUGCUCUUCUCAGUUACUAUGGUAAUUAGUGCUACAGAACAGCCUAAAAAUAAAUAGGAUCAUUUAGUGAAGGAUAUUCAGGGGAAAUCAGGUAGUCUGCCCUGAGCAUUUGCAGUAGCCCUGGAGUGUUUUGCCCAAACAAGGAUUUGUGAAAAACAUUCACGGAUGCUGAAUUAUUGUAGAAAAAAUGCUUCCAAAUAUUAAAUAUGUUCCUUCCUCCUCAUUUGAAGUGACUCUAGCACACAUUUCCUUCCAUAUCUGUGAGCAGAUGAUUCUUGCAAUUAGUUCCCCUGUUGAGAACAGCACUCCCUCCUCACCCCAUCUCCUUUACAGCCUAAGGGCACCUGAAAUGAAUGAAUCUUUCUUCAUCAUAAAUCAUACAUACUCAGUAAUACUGUCAAAGAAUUCUUAAUGUGUUUGGGGAGUUUACGUAAUGAACCUUCCUUCAGAAAGGUGAAGUAUCGUCAAUGCAGUGCCUUGCCUGGAAGUCUGUUAUAACCUUGGUGUACAGCAAGGAGAUCACACCUAAAUCCAUGCAUGAGUCUAUGCAAAGUUUUUGAGGCUUUCCCUCAGUGAUCAGUUAACUACAUCAGCAUGCCCCGAAGCCAGUCUUUCAAAGUAUGAUACGAUGUUUAGUCUUCUGUGAAUUGUAUAGAUUGCACAGGCAUCAUUAAAGUAUAUUUUUUGGGCUUUCAACUUAAUAUAAUUUUGGGCCCUAGUAAGUUAGAAAGUAUGUGUGAAGAUAGUUCUGAGUCUUUCAGUGAAGGCAGCGCCCCUUCAAGGCUGUGGUUUCCAUUGCUUCAUAUCACUGGAGCUGUCCUUACAUGGAAAAAGUAUCAUGUCUCUAGGCAAAGAUUUGCCAUUAAUGACUGUCUUUUCUUACUUUUUGUACAGCUUCUGUCAUGGAUGUCCACUGUCUGUCUUUGCUCUGGGUUGCAAAAAUAGCAAUCUUUUCUGACCUGGCCAGUUGGUGACUAGUUUAUAGUUAGGGUUUGUGCAGAGCAAACCUGUGCUUUCUUCCUCUCACUGUUGCACCUACAGCAACCUUCAUCUGUUCACCUCCCGCAGCACCUCCUUACAUUGAACUAGGAAGCUACAAACAGCAAGAGCAACAAAUGUGCCUUCUGCUUCUUGAGGAUUAAGGAGCAGAAUGCCUUGGCAUUCUUGGUCUCCUCCUUAUCCCAGCAAAGAGAACUUGGGGCUCAUCCGUGGCCUUCAGCAAGGUACUGACAGAACAGAUAUCAUGACUGACAAACAGCUGAAAUAUCUGUUUUAUUCUCCAGAGCUUUAUUGCUCUUGAGUCAUACCAUAAUUUUUCAAAUCUUAAAAUCUCGUGGAGGACAUCCUAAAUCUGCAGGGGGGACCUUUGUGCCAUGCUCUCGAGCACUUGGCUUUACUGUGACCGUCUGCUUCAGGUGUCAUCAGCUUUGCAGGUACCUCCCCGUGUCUCUGUAACUGCUUGUGAAUCUCUCACCUUGCUACCAGUGGCAACCUAAUGGAUAUUGGGCAGAUGCACAUCAAGGGAAAAAGGGUGUGUGGGAAGCAGAGAGAUCUCCUGAUGCUUCUUUUCAUGGUUUGUCUCUUCUUGCUUCCUUUGCUUCAGCUGCACCUUUCUGACACAUAAGUUUUGGAGCCUGUGGGUUUUCAUAUUCAGUUAGUUUUUAUUUGUGUUACUAGGUAAAUCUCAGCCCUGAAGAGCUUCCAGUUGUUGUCAGGUUUGUGCCAGGCAGGGUCACUACUUGCAACUGCAGUUGCUUCUGUCUGUGUGUGUGGUUUCACUGUUGUAUUACCCAGCCCCACUUCCACAUGUAUGCCCUUAUCCACACAUCCAUACAACCUGUCUCUUUUGCAGAGACCUACAAAUAUCCCUGACUGUAUUUUCUGCUUCCCCCCACCUCUGUUUUCCUGUCAACAGUCCCUCUGCCCACUUUGGGUGUCACUGUGUGAAGAGAGCAAAUAAUGACGCAACAGUGGUUUUAGCUGAUGGUUGACAUCAAUGGUGCCCUCGUGCAACUUGGCUGCCUCUUGGUCUUCAUUCUUGAAGCACAGAGAAGAGUUCAGUCUGAGUAAACUGUGAGCGAGAUGUUCACUUGUGACAGCUCAGUACCUUCAGCUGGUGUGAGGGUGCACUGAACACAAACCAGAGAGUUCAGUCUCCUGUCCAAGGGGAGAUUUGCUCCUCUUGGCAUAAUUAUUAAAGCAAAGUGGUAGAAGAGUACUGAGAGAGCUUCCAUGGCUUUUUCCUUCCUGACUACUUGUGGCGAAAUUUAUCAAAUAGAUAUUAAUGCAGUUUGAUUCUGACUGUAGAUAAUGGCUUGACUUACUUCUAUCCUCAAACUGAGCUGAAGCAGAAUGCAAGAGUGUAGUUGGAAAUAACGUUAUAUUGCACCUAUGAAGCUACAUGUCCAACCUUUGAACAAAGCACUGUCAGCAAAGGCCAAGGGGUUAGAUGGCUGUGGCUACUUUUUAACUUGUCUUUAGUCAUGUUCUGAAAGAUUCAUCCUCAUCUCCCUGCUUACUGGUUGUUACUAUUGACCUGGCACAGUACAUUUCUGAUUAUUAUUUGAGACAUUUUGGUAAAGUAUGAACACUUUAUGUCAUGUACUGAAAGGUUCAGGACAGAGGUUUUCCUGUGCUUUCCGUAGCCACUGCCCAUUGCUGUCCUGAGGAGAAGCAGCGUCAGGAAGGCGGGUGCUGCCCUGAGGAGAAGUGGUGGGAAGGCUGCUGCCCCUUGCCUACAGGGUGUCAGGGUGAGGCUCAUCACAAGGCUUCCCUGUGCUGGCUGCCAUGGAGACCCUGUCCCAGGACUCUCUGCUGGAGUGCCAGAUUUGCUUCAACUACUACAGCCCCCGCCGGCGGCCCAAGCUGCUGGACUGCAAGCACACCUGCUGCUCGGUGUGCCUGCAGCAAAUGAGGACCAGCCAGAAGGACCUGCGCUGCCCCUGGUGCCGCGGGAUCACCAAGCUGCCUCCGGGGUACUCUGUGUCACAGCUGCCCGAUGACCCCGAGGUGAUCGCCGUCAUCGCGAUCCCCCACACCUCGGAGCACACCCCUGUCUUCAUCAAACUCCCCAGCAAUGGCUGCUACAUGCUGCCCUUGCCCCUCUCCAAGGAGAGGGCGCUCCUGCCAGGAGACAUUGGCUGCCGCCUCCUGCCUGGCAGCCAGCAGAAGUCCCUGACGGUGGUGACGAUCCCCACAGAGCAGCAGCCGCUGCAGGGCGGCCUUUCCGCCGAGGCGGGAGCGGAGGAGCCGGACCGGAGAGGUGCUGUGAAAAGCUCCACCUGGUCUGGGGUGUGCACUGUGAUCCUGGUGGCCUGCGUCCUGGUCUUUCUCCUGGGCAUCGUCCUCCACAACAUGUCGUGCAUUUCCAAGCGCUUCACGGUGAUCUCCUGCGGCUGAGUGACUGCAGGACACUGUGCACCGGGGCAGUGGUGUGCCAGCCCGGCUGCGGCUCCCGGCGGCGUGGCUUCAGGCCUCUCGGCAGCCCGCGGAGAAAAUCACGUCCCGUGUCUGGCGGCAGUGGCACUGAGGAGGACUGCAUGUGUCACCAUAAUCAUUUAUCAAAGGGACUGCAACUUUACAGUGAUCUUUUUUAUUGUGUUACGAGAUUAAAGACCUCUGUGUAGCUGGUUAUACUGUGAACUAUACGGUAUGGGCUCUUCUUUAAACACAGUAGAUUAAAAUCAAAACUGCUCCAUGUAGAAUUAAAUGAGAACUGGCGUGCAACUGUAUGAGAGGUGUUCAAUACCAGACCACACAUGCAUAAUUUUUUAAUGGGGGGAGGGAGGGAGACUUGUAAAACCAAGAAAUCGUUAUGCUGGUAAGGCAUUUUAUAUGUUUUAAACUGCACAUUAAUUAAACCAAGUUAGGGAGUUGUAAAAUAGUUUUUAAAAGGAAGCAUUUUACAAGCAAUCAUUUCCUUCCUUGGUGUCUGGUUUUUCACCUCUCUGUUUUUCGCUGUUGUUUUUCAAGUACAGGGAAGUGGCACUUCCAGCGUCUUUUAUUUGAAGGAGCUUCCAGGAAGGGAAGCAAAGUGGGCUAGGAGGAAUACCUAAAAAUGCAACCAAAACAGUUCCACCUACCUGGCUUCUUGCAAAGGAUGGCUUUGCAGUGUAAACAUUGGACAUGCUGUUUUACUUCCAGUCUGGCAGACUUCCUGAUGACCUGGUCUCCAUAGCCAUUAGUGAAGAAAUGGAUCGUGAGAAGUCCUAGGACUCCUGAAAUUAUGUGAUAGCAUAUUGUUCUUAAUUUUCUAGAGGUUGGGUUUUAUUAAAUAUUUUUAGAGAAUUUAGACCUAUUUUGCCUCCCUCUUGCCCAGGAGAUGCAACUGUGCAACUAUGAAUGGUGUGACAGACGAGUUCCUCUAAGGAAGCUUCACCAUCCCAACUGAUGCAAUCAUCUAGUAAUAAAUAGUGAUGAAGCGGUAUCUGGGAGGAGAACUCAGACCAACCUAACCUUGUAUGGGUGGGCUACCCCUCCUAAACUACUGUGGUUGUCCUGGUAUCAGAAUGUCUGGGUGAGCAUAGUGGAGCCUAUUCCCAUAUUUCAGUCUUAUAAAUGUUGAUGUUCAUAAGGACAGAUUUGAAAGAAAAGAACCACAGGAAGUGUCUCCCUCCACCUGUGAGUGUCAUGACACCCCUGUCGUUUGCAGUUCACUUCUUGGGAAAAGGCAAAUUCCUGAAUGUUCACUGCAGUAGCACCUUGCUUUAAGCAGUCCCACUAGCUUUAGUAGUACUUCUCAUAAUAGAGCUCAGUGUGAAUUUGGGUAUUGGCAAGUCUGAAAGCUUAAAUUUGUGUGAGAUUUAGGGAUUGAAUCAAGGGGCACUCUAUAGAAGACAGAAAAAUCUAUUGAAUUGCACUGCUGCUUUUUGCAAGUACAAAGCAUAACCUUUGAAGUGUGUCCUCUUGUCAUCUACCUACUGCUGUUUCUAAUAUUUAGAGCUUGCUCAAGGCCAUAUUAUAACACAGUUUUGACUAUGCAGUGCCCAAGUUUACCCCAUAGACGUCCUUAGUUUUCUGGUUAUGUCACAAAAUCCAGUUGCUGGUUCACAAUAAACAUUCUCAGCUAAGACUUCUGUCAGGAACAUACCUCUAACUUCAUGCUGGAUUUCUUGCCUUCCCUGUUCCAAAACCACUGUUUUCUUCCUUGAUUCCUGUUAACUUCUGAAUAGAAUAUACAGUGCUUAGUUGUUAUGGUGUGUAUUUGGUCAUGUAUGGAGAGGAACCACUGUGCUGAUUUUUAUCUACUGUCAUAUGAAAGCAUAGCACAAAAAAAAAGAAAAAAGAAAAAGAGAAAACUUUUCAGAUAACACAUUCAAUGCCUUUUUUAUGCAAGGCCCAGUUGCAGUAUGCCUUGAACCUGGCUUGUGAGCAUUGUAAUUACAUGGACACCUCUCUGCAGCAUGUUUCAUUUGGUUGCAGUAGGGAACAGCAGGUAUUCCCAAACGUGUCUUGUGAACAUUCAAGUCUGUUGUUGCCAGUAGGUAGCCAGAUUUCUACUGCCAUCCAUGCUAUGCUGCUUAUUGUGUAAAGGAAAGCCAGUUCACAAAAAAAUCCUGCCUUUUAUAAGACUCUGGAGGAAGUGACCAGAUACGGGACUCAACCCUCUACUGCCUUACUCUGUCGCAAUUGCUGGGUGUACCAGGAGCAUAUGGCAUAGGUGAAAGAUGCUCCCAGAACAGCGCUGAUGCAUUUUGCACCAGCUUCUGUAUUUGGUUAUGUGAGUUGUCAGUGAGUGCACAAAAAUGCAAGGCAGUCAAAGAGCAGGUCCUGGCGAUGCAGUGGUGGUAACGUUGCCUCCUUCCAGCCAUACCUGCCUAACUGAAGCUCUUGAGGCUGAGGUUUGCAAAGAACGGCUGUCUUAAAAACUACCCUUUUCAUCCCUAUAUGGAAGGUGCAGAAUGAAAGAGAAAUCAGAAAUUAGGUUAAAAUACCACACUGCAUAACACAUUAUACAACAGGCAGACCUGGAGUUUAUCUGGUAUUAAUGACGUAAGUAUUAUAUUAGCAGAAUACCAUCCUGUACUACGUAACACAGUGCAUUGUUUCAUUAAUACAAACUUCCUGUACUUCUUGUGCCUGCUGAAAUGCAUGUUUGACCUAAUUUCUGAUCCAGACAUUUGCCUGCUUGCAGCCUUGUGUAAGAGCAAUAAGUAAAACCUCAAGAUUUUUGCCUGCGUGUAUGCGCAUGGUGUGUAUGUUCAUUCCUUUUUAUAAAUAGGAGUUCUGGAAAAGAUUUUGUUCUGGCUUUAGACUGUGACUAUCAUUUUAAAUUUUCAGCUGCCAUACAUGUUAGAUCACCUAGCUUUUUUGCUGACUUGUGUAGAAGUGAACUAAAUAGUUUGUUGUAAUGUACAGUAUUAAAAUGUUUCUCAAGUAUGUUGAUAGUCAUACCACUUUAAAAAUGCAGUGCAGUCUGUCCCAUUCCUUGGUCCAAUACCUGGCAUUAAAAAGUGAUACUGCUAUUUUUUUUCUUUAAUUACUAUUAUUAUCUUUAAAAGGCAACCUUGUCUUUGUAAUUUUUCCUCUGUGGAGAAACGUAUUUGGACUUGUGUCAAAAUCAUGAGAUUCCAGGUUAACUAUUGUUCUCUGUUGUCCAGUAAGAAAUCACUGCCCAGUUCCACCAAAAAGAAAAUUACUGGAAUGGAAAAUUACUGUGACACAGUACUGUUUGAGAAACCAAAACUUAUUCUAAAAUGUGCACCUGCAUUUUUAGAGCAAAUUACUCUGUAUGAAUGUGUAUUUAUUUGCUUGUUUAAUGGGAAGGAUGUGUGUGUUGGAGUCCAGUUUUAAGUUUUUUUCUUGGAUGGUCCCAACAUCCAUUGUUGACUUAUGCUUUGCUGGCAAACAGAUUUUAGGGUUCACUCAGUGAAAUUUUGUUUAGUGAAUUUUAAAAAUUCAAAAUAUGCAAUUUUGUUAUGCAGGAUUUUUUUAGGAAAUUGUGUGUUCAGUGGUUGUUCAUGCUUAACCAAGAUGUAAAGGAGCCUGUAUGUUUUGUAAACAUGGAGCAGUCAUGAGUCCAAAGUUUCGUCUUUAUUAAUGAAGCUCAGUCUGAAUAAAACAUUAGCAAGAAAAGAAUGAUAGCAAGUGAAUUAUGGUACCUCUGUUAUUUUGUCAUCAAAUGAAGACCAUGGAAGGGAAUUUGGCAGAAUUGCUCCUUAUUUUACUAGAGUGUGGCUGAAAUUCAGCAGUCAGCAUUUAAAGGCAAAGUAUGAAGUAUGGGUUGUCAUAAAUAAUAAAAGGCCAUUCCUGCUUUGAUUAUGGUGGAAUACAGAAUUAUAGCUGAUGACUACUGAGCCACACAACUUUUCUUUUUCUGUUUUAAUCAAAUUCCUUAAAAAUUUUAACUAAACAUUUUGCUUAUGGAAGUGAGGGUUUGUUGGCCUUGGCUUAAGCAUGUAUUGCACAGACUAGUAUGCUGAUUCCCCCUUCCCCUGGAGCCCCCCUUCCCAGUCACAUUAUUGCUGGAGCCCUGGGCAGCCAGAUUUUUUUAAUAGUGCAAAUGCUUUUCUGGAUUAAAGAAGGCUGAUGUUGCACUGGUUUUGUUACGUUCACAACAGGGCUAAACCAUAACCAAACAAUUCAUGCGUGGAUUGAGCUCCUCUGUAGGUGUGCCAGUAUCAAAAGCUCCAGGCACCAGUCUAUUGCGUGAAUUGAGCCAAGCCUCUAUUCACUUGACCUUUUCACAACAAUGCCAGGUAGCAGAGGAUGUUGCUUUCUUGCCCUCAGAGUGAGGCUGUACCCACUAUCUACAGCUAAAUGUGGAAUUUGGCCUGCUGUCAUGAGACACUUGUGUGAGUACCAGAGGAGACAUCACAUGUCAAGUGAACACCUUUCUAGUAAAUGUUGGGGUUGAAAUGCUUUGUUAUCCCAAUUGCACAGAAAACGUGGCUUGACAUUUGUUUUCUCUAGACUUUUUCUAUGAGUGGAUGGAGGGGGGAGGAAGAGAGGGAAGGAAGGUACCUGACAGCAAAUGAAUCCUAGCAGCAUCUGGGAGGCUGUUGAAGGAUCUGCUGGCCCUGAAGGCAAAGGUUUUUGUGCAAGAGUUUCAGUAUGACAAGAUUACCAGGAAAUGCUGCAAUGGAUUUAGAGUAUAUUAGUGACCUUUCUGGUGCUGUACACUGUUCGUAGGCCUGACAGCUGGGCUUGUUGUGUUCUUUCUCUUUGUCACUUUACCUCUUGUGUGCUCGUGUCAACAAGCAAAGCUGCUUGCUUCAGCCUCAAGUUGAACAAUUUUCAAGACAUUUCUUAAGUUGCCCUGAGCAUCUCUAAUGAAAAAAAAACUUUUCAAGUUCACUGAAAUUUAAUGCUUAAUAAAUGUUCAGAGAAUGCAUUUCCUUAUGCUUAAAUA